AUGUCCCAGAAUCCGAAACACUUCCCAAAAUCCAAAACACUUCCCAAAAUCCAAAACACUUCCCAGAAUCCAAAAACACUUCCCAGAAUCCAAAACACUUCCCAGAAUUCAAAAACACGUCCCAGAAUCCGAAACACUUCCCAGAAUCCAAAAACACGUCCCAGAAUCCGAAACACUUCCCAGAAUCCAAAAACACGUCCCAGAAUCCAAAAACACGUCCCAGAAUCCAAAAACACGUCCCAGAAUCCAAAACACGUCCCAGAAUCCAAAAACACUUCCCAGAAUCCAAAAGACUUCCCAGAAUCCAAAACACGUCCCAGAAUCUGAAACACUUCCCAGAAUCCAAAAACACGUCCCAGAAUCCAAAACACGUCCCAGAAUCCAAAAACAUGUCCCAGACUCCGAAACACUUCCCAGAAUCCAAAAACACGUCCCAGAAUCCGAAACACUUCCCAAAAUCCAAAACACUUCCCAGAAUCCAAAAACACUUCCCAGAAUCCAAAACACUUCCCAGAAUUCAAAAACACGUCCCAGAAUCCGAAACACUUCCCAGAAUCCAAAAACACGUCCCAGAAUCCGAAACACUUCCCAGAAUCCAAAAACACUUCCCAGAAUCCGAAACACUUCUCAGAAUCCAAAAACACGACCCAGAAUCCGAAACACCUCCCAGAGUCCAAAAACACGUCCCAGAAUCCAAGGAUCAUGAUUAAUAGAAGCAACCUGUAGAAACAUAAUCCUUCUGGAAUACCCAUCGAUCCAGCCACUUAUGCAAAAUCCAGAAAGAGCUAGCUUAUCAUAUCUGUCAAUGUGCCAAACUGCGUUUGGACCUGGGCAUCUGUACUGCCUUCGUUCAAAUCGUCUUUGUCUUCUUUGAUUAACGCCAUGUGGAUCAAUAUUCUUUAAGAGUGAUCUAACAGUAUGUCUUCCAACCAAAAGAUUAUAUUUCCGCCGUAGCCGUCUCGUCAUAGUUCGAUAACCAAGGAGUUUACCUGGACCAUUCAGCUCCAAAGCAAUUGGUUGGCGUAUGUUGGCAAGUGGUGAUUGAUUGCCUUUUCUUCGCAAUCCUAGCUUCUGGUUUAUAAAUUAUUUAAAUUGUCUUAGAGUCCAGUGAAUGCCAUGAUAAGCGGAAAGAAACAUCAAUAUGGCUGUAUAUCGAUGCCCCUGCCUCCAAUACGCAGCUACGCAUUCAUCGACUGUAUUGAAAGUUGCCGUGCAAAUACAAUCUGGUAAUCCCACAAUAUCAACCACAUUUUGAAUCAAUAAUAAUAAUAUUACUAUAACUGGUAAUCUCAUAAUGAUCCGUGUCAGGCAGCUUGACUUGACAACCAGGCCUCCUUUGAUUGUAAGUGCAUUCUGGGAACUGUUUUUUUUGGGAAGCACUUUUGGAUUCUAGGAAGUGUUUUAGAUUCUGGGAUGUGUUUUGGAUUCUGGGACGUGUUUUUGGAUUCUGGGACGUGUUUUAGGAUUCUCGGAAGUCGCUUGGAUUCUGGGAAUUGUUUUUGGAUUCUGGGAAGUGUUUUUGGAUUCUGGGAAGUGGUCUGGAUUCUGAAACGUGUUUUUGGAUUCAGGGAAGUGUUUUGGAUUCUGGGAAGUGUUUUUGGAUUCUGGGAAGUGUUUUGGAUUCUGGGAAGUGUUUUUGGAUUCUGGGAAGUGUUUUGGAAUCUGGGAAGUGUUUUGUCCUUAUGAGCCACCGUAGUUUACAACUCCUGUGUAUUCGCGUAGAAGAAGCCGUUUCGUGAACUCAGCGUUUUCUAACAAGAAAAUUUUGGCUCAAAAAUCGAAGUUUAUUUAUGAGAAACAAAUUUAAAAGGAAAUGUUUGCAGAAAUUCUACGUUUCAAGUAAACAGGAAAAAGAAUGAUACAGGAAGACGACGGCUUACCUCGAGUAACCGAGCCGGCCAUUUUUGUCAGCACUUCAUGCGAAGAACGACACAACAAGCCCUUUUGGCUAUAAGCUUGGCGAGUCAACAGAAAACAACAAAGCUCCACUUUUCUUCUCAGGUAAGGAAACAGUUCAAACUUUUAGCGGUUCCUUUUAAGCCAUUACGCUGUUUGCGAAAUGAUAAACUUGUGAAUUGCCAUGUUUGAAAAUUCUGCACAGAUCUAUUUUUAAACUUACGCGUGAUUUGAUCUGUCAAUCAAAUCUUACUUUUUAAUGGUUUCCCCUCUGAUUUUGUUGAGAUCACUUCGUGUGUAUAUACUAAAACAAUUAUUCUUUUCAAUCUCGGUGAAUAGUGGCUUUGGGAAUAUUUACAUAUUUAAAUAUUUAGCUACUAUUCACCUCGAUUUCAAAGAGUAAUUGUUAAUUGUAGAAAAGAAUGGGAAGUUAAACCUCUAUUGAGUGGCCACCUCUAUUAAUCGAUCGCGGCCACCUUUCUGCUGUUCCAACUACAGUUUUUCCAUAGUUGUCAACUCUAUUAAGCGGCCAUCAAGCACUUGACGCACUAAGUUUAGCUACAUUUUAAGAAUAUGAUGAAGACAGUCCGAGAUUGCAACUGGUGAAGGGAAACAAGUGAACCGAUGUGAAGUAUAGCGGUACUGAAAAAUAAUAAUUAAACAAAACAAAGUCAAGAUAAAACAACCUACGAACUGAACGAAAUCAAUAAGGCAAACUAGAAAUGCGAAUGAAACAAACGCGAUACUUACAAGACGAUAGCGAGAUAAGGACGAAAUACUAGGACGAGCAAAGACCCAAACAUUAAACUGUAAACUGGACCAAGCGCAACUAAAGAAGAACUGACGCGAAAAUUACAAUAAAAGCAAAAUAUACGAUAUGCAGAAAAACCCUAACACGAAGGACAAAGCUACGCGGACAAUGAAAAACUCAUGAACCAAAAAACAGCACUAAAGGCGCGAACACGAUAAUAACUAAAAACGCGGAAAACAUAAAAAUACUAUAAAGGUAACAGAAAACAUUCCUGGCGUUUACAGAGACUAAUGGAGAGACUGAUCACCUUGGUUGUGGACAUUACAUACAAAUUCACUAUUGCAUGAGUAUUUUCUUUCUUUAAACACUUGCAUAAGUCAUAAAAAAUUUGUACUUUUUACAUGGAUUCAGUGCUUGAUAAUGAAGGCCCGCAUAUUCAAUAAUCAUAAGUCAUGAUCACUUUAAUAAUUCUCAUGAACUGCAUCCUUAAUGACAUUGCUACAUGUAAUCUGAUUUUCUAUUUCAGUGAUUAUGUUUUCACCUUACUGUUACUACCCUGCGAGCAGUGAUUUCUCUCGUGCAUGGCUUUUAGCGUUUACGAAGUCAUUUGCGUGGCUUGUCUGUUGCGUGGUUAGUUUGUUUACACCCCGUGAGAAACCUCUGCAGCAAACCGCUUGGAAUUUCCGUUGAGCAUGCGCCAGAUUAAUAAUUCGUUGCUAUAGAGAUAAUGACGUAAAUUUUAUCACUUAAAAGAAAUUAGUGCGAACACUUAUUUCCAUCCGCCAAACUGACGUUGACAGAUUAAUGAUUCGUACACAAAGUAAGGGUUAGGGUUAGGGUUGUCAGCAAAUCCUCGGUGGUGUAGGGGUUAAAGUAAUGCACUGCAGAGCCGAUACUCCGAGAUCGAAUCCUACUUGUGCCAUCUUGAAUUUCUUUUUCCCUUAAAAAUUGAAGAGACUUAAACUUUUAUGAACCGAAAUUUCAAGAGACAGAAAUUUCAUGUAAGAAAAGUGAAAUGUCUUGUGAGAGCCACUGAGAGGAAAAUGUCAGUUUGGCGGAUGGAAACAAGUGACGAGAUUUCCUAGCUGUCGCUUCUCUCCCGGAAAUACGUCUGCUGUUCGUAGGCUACCCAUUUGCUCCUGUUGCACACUAAUGUCAAGGACAAAGACAAACCCGAGGACAGACAGGAAGCAGUAUUAAAGAUCAAAUGCUGCAACUGCCAGGCUACUUACAUUGGUGAAACCGGCAGAAACCUUAGCACGCGACUGACCGAACGCAAACGAGCGACGAGAAAUGGUGACGUCAACAAUUACAUUGCUGAUCACCAUUUACAGACGAAACAUCAAAUCGACUGGGACUCUGCGACAUGUAUUAGGUAUUCUCAGACUACUAUCAACGACCCACUUUAGAAAGCUGGUUUACUAACUGAGAACAAACGUCAUUGAAGCGUAGUCAACAGUUGCCGGUACCGUACAAUCGACUUUAUUGACGGACUCAAGCAAAACUAAUUACGAGAGAAUGACUGGACAACCGACAAUUUGACUAACAUAAACGACUGUUUAACUGUGACAAUAUAGGCGGGUGGAAAGUCAACUGUCCAAUGACAUCACGAGUCUUCAUAGCCAAUAUUAAAAUCACUGCUUAACUGACAGACGACCAAUAACAUCGCGACUUAAUUCUCCAAUCAGAUCAAUAACCAGAGUUUAAUACAGUCGAACCUACCAUAAGCGAGCACCCAAAAUGCAAAGACUAAGUGGUCGCUUACAAGAAUCUAACCACAGGGGGACUCUUCCGAGAAGAGGCCUGGGCACAUCUACUUUAUGGAAGAUAAUUUAUUGUAUGCAAUGCAAGUUACGCCAUGUGUACUGAGUUCAAUGUUGUUUCUAAAGUUCUUCGCACAUGUCGUAUAUUCUAAGUAGCAUAGUGCACACAGCGAACUAGGGGUCAGAGAAUCCGUCAAGUGGUCGAGUUUGGUCGCUUACUAGAGCUUAAAAACAAUGGAAAAUCAUUAAACUUUCAGGCCCAAAAAGUAGUCGCGGUCGCUUACAAGAGGUGGUAGUUUACUAGAGGUUCCAACUGUAAGGCUUUGACGGGGAAAGUUUUGUUGCAUGAGUUUUGGAUUGGCGGUCUCUUAUGGGAGGUGGUCCCACAUGGAGGUUCGACUGUACCAUCAACUGACGUAAUACAACUCACUUUGACUCUGCAGAUGAUUACCGCGCGUCAGUCAAAGUCAAUGCAACAGUCCUAUUUAGUACUACGUCAGCCCUUGGACGAUCAUGCUCAUCCUACUUAUAGAUCUACUUAAGAAAAUAGGAGAGAAGAAAAGGAAAACUCCUCAAGUUUUUACACCGAGUUGGACUGGAACCAGUUGUGGAAUUAUUAUAGUUUUUUUGAAAACCCACAAGUUUAAAAUACCUGUAACUUUCUCAGUGUUUUGGUGGUAAAGAAAUAGGUUUUCUUUUCAGUUGCUAAACGCUUGUAUUCCGCUACCCAGAGAUGUUAACCCUUAGAAAUAAGUUCACUUUCCCAAAUUUGAAUUUUCUGAAAUGUUUCCGCUGCCCGGUUUGUAGUUUGUUGACAACAAAUUUAUUUUUUCAGUGGAAGGUAGAUGAAUGUAUAAUGAGUAGAUAGACGAUUUUUAUUAUAUAAACACCAAUGAAAUACCAAGUGAGCUUUCGCGCGAAAACUUGAUAUCUCACAUGUGAAAAUAACAUGUUAUCUUCACAUGUAAAAAUGUCACCGUUGCUAUGGCUUCAUAAUAAACCGCACCUUCUACUAAAAUAUAAAAUUUUGUGAUAUUUGGCAUAAUUUUUACUUUUAUCGUAUUUUAAAUAAUGAGAACUUUAAAAAAUGGAAGUUGAACAGACGAUUUUUGUGACACAUUUGAUAAUUACAGUACAAUUAUAUUAUUGAUUAUCUAAAAAUUUGGGCAAAUAAGUUUCAAAUGGUAAUGAUUAAUUAUAGUAAGCUGUGUCCAAGUUUAUACGAAAAUCUAAUGAGUGAAUUUUAUGUAAACUGAGCGAAAGUGAAAUUUUAAAGUUGUAUUCAAUCGUUCAUGUUGCCAUGGAAACUACGAAAAUGACAAAUUUUGCCUGUCAAUCAAAACCUUUCUUCAGUAUAUUCUUCACUUGCCAAGUUUCAGCUUUUGAGCUGCAACCCUUCUCUUGCCAUGAUUUGCCAGAUGUCAUAUACUCACAAACUGCCAAAACUGUGUUCAGCCACCUUAAAAUAACUGUAACUUUCUCAGUGUUUUGGUGGUAAAGAACUGAGGUUUUCUUUUCAGUUGCUAAACACUUGUAUUCCGCUACCCAGAGAUGUUAACCCUUAGAAAUAAGUUCACUUUCCCAAAUUUGAAUUUUCUGAAAUGUUUCCGCUGCCCGGUUUGUAGUUUGUUGACAACAAAUUUAUUUUUUCAGUGGAAGGUAGAUGAAUGUAUAAUGAGUAGAUAGACGAUUUUUAUUAUAUAAACACCAAUGAAAUACCAAGUGAGCUUUCGCGCGAAAACUUGAUAUCUCACAUGUGAAAAUAACAUGUUAUCUUCACAUGUAAAAAUGUCACCGUUGCUAUGGCUUCAUAAUAAACCGCACCUUCUACUAAAAUAUAAAAUUUUGUGAUAUUUGGCAUAAUUUUUACUUUUAUCGUAUUUUAAAUAAUGAGAACUUUAAAAAAUGGAAGUUGAACAGACGAUUUUUGUGACACAUUUGAUAAUUACAGUACAAUUAUAUUAUUGAUUAUCUAAAAAUUUGGGCAAAUAAGUUUCAAAUGGUAAUGAUUAAUUAUAGUAAGCUGUGUCCAAGUUUAUACGAAAAUCUAAUGAGUGAAUUUUAUGUAAACUGAGCGAAAGUGAAAUUUUAAAGUUGUAUUCAAUCGUUCAUGUUGCCAUGGAAACUACGAAAAUGACAAAUUUUGCCUGUCAAUCAAAACCUUUCUUCAGUAUAUUCUUCACUUGCCAAGUUUCAGCUUUUGAGCUGCAACCCUUCUCUUGCCAUGAUUUGCCAGAUGUCAUAUACUCACAAACUGCCAAAACUGUGUUCAGCCACCUUAAAAUAACUGUAACUUUCUCAGUGUUUUGGUGGUAAAGAACUGAGGUUUUCUUUUCAGUUGCUAAACACUUGUAUUCCGCUACCCAGAGAUGUUAACCCUUAGAAAUAAGUUCACUUUCCCAAAUUUGAGUUUUCUGAACGGAUGUUUCCGCUGGCCCGGUUUGUAGUUUGUUGACAACAAAUUUAUUUUUUCAGAUGAAGGUAGAUGAAUGUACAAUGAAAUACCAAGUGAGCUUUCGCGCGAAAAUUUGAUAUCUUCACAUGUGAAAAUAACAUGUUAUCUUCACAUCUGUAAAUGUCACCGUUGCUAUGGCUUCAUAAUAAACCGCACCUUUGAGACCAAAAAACUAUUUAAGUAAAAUGGUUUGGUAUUUCAUUGGUGUUUAUAUAAUAAAUAGAACAAUACAUGGUUGCUUGGAGUUACGAAAUUUCUCUUCUUCAUAAUAUUUUUCAACACGAGAAGAGAAUUUUCCUAUCUCCGCGCGGCCAUAUAAAUAACAAUUAUUCACCGAAGUAGAGGUGGCUAGUAUUGGAUAUUUAUCGAGGCUACUAGCUACCGACACUGAGGCGAAUAAUUGUUUUAGUUUAUACUAAAACAGUGAGAUAAUUGAGCACAAAAUGAUGAUUUUUAACUCAUUUACUGUUGCCAACGAUUACAAUUUUGGCGCGCGAUGACCGAACGGCCGCGGUCGUCGCUUUUUCUUAGCGACAAGUAAAACUUUGAAGGCGUUUGUUUGGCUCUUGCGGGGAAGUUUCUUCAAAAGGAGUUGUGAAUUCUGUUUGUAUUUAAAAAUGUAUUUCGGAAAUAGCUUGCUUGAUUAGUUGUGAAAUUUCUUAGUUUGUUACGGCAGCAAACCGGGAAAGCAUUUUGCUCGCAACCUACGCGAGUUUGACGUCACUCGCUCUGAGGAACUGGAGGUGAAUCAGUGAAUAGUGCAGGAUAUUCACUGAUUGAGUAGCCAAUCAGAGCGCCCGAAAAACACUAUCCACUGUUUUAGUAUAUACUAAUAUCAUAUAUAUAUACACCAUGUUUUAACAAUGGUAAAACUGUUUCUUUGUUUGUUUGUUUGUUUUUUUUAAAUUUCGAUCAUUAUUAGAGAAGACCCCAGUCCAUCAAGUCAUAAUAUACAACGAAAAACACGUAGAAGGAUCCCUUUUUGAGCCAAAUCAAAUGCGACUGUGAUAUACAAAAACGAGUAGUAAAAGAGCUAAUAAAUAAGCUUUUACUCCAGCUUUUAAUUUUACUUUUCAGAUCCUCGGCUUCGUUAUCGUACAUAAAGAGACUGAUGCUAUCAGCAGCAAAAAGAAACCACAAUAUGUGGCUAAGCUGAAAUAGCAAAGCAAGCAAAAAAAAAAAAUGACAACCACAGCUAUUAAUGGUAAUAUCGGCGAACCCUUUGUCAACUUUAAAGAUUUCCAGCACGCCCUAGGCAUCGCCUAUUACAGUCUGGGAGAUUUCCGGAAAGCCAUAGAGUACCAUGAACGACACCUCAAAAUUUCGAAAGAAGUGGGAGACAGGGCAGGAGAAGGAAGAGCGUAUGGUAAUCUUGGCAACGCCUAUUUUUGUCUUGGAGAUUUCCAGAAAGCCAUAGAGUACCAUGAACGACACCUCAAAAUUUCGAAAGAAGUGGGAGACAGGGCAGUAGAAGGAAAAGCGUAUGGUAAUCUUGGCAACGCCUAUUUUCGUCUUGGAGAUUUCCAGAAAGCCAUAGAGUACCAUAAACGACAACUCAAAAUUUCGAAAGAAGUGGGAGACAGGGCAGGAGAAGGAGGCGCGUACUGUAACCUUGGCAACGCCUAUGACAGUCUUGGAGAUUUACAGAAAGCCAUAGAGUACCAUGAACGACGCUUCAAAAUUUCAAAAGAAGUGGGAGACAGGGCAGGAGAGGGAGGAGCGUACGGUAAUCUUGGCAACGCCUAUCACAGUCUUGGAGAUUUCCAGAAAGCCAUAGAGUACCAUGAACGACACCUCAAAAUUUCGAAAGAAGCGGGAGACAGGGCAGGAGAAGGAAUAGCGUACUGUAAUCUUGGCAACGCCUAUUUUCGUCUUGGAGAUUUCCAGAAAGCCAUGGAGUACCAUGAACGAGACCUCAAAAUUUCGAAAGAAGUGGGAGACAUGGUAGGAGAAGGAAGAGCGUAUUGUAAUCUUGGCGUCGCGUUUGGAACUCUUGGAGAUUUCCAGAAAGCCAUAGAGUACCAUGAACGAGACCUCAAAAUUUCGAAAGAAGUGGGAGACAGGGCAGGAGAAGGAAAAGCGUACAGUAAUCUUGGCAACGCCUAUCGCAGUCUUGGAGAUUUCCAGAAAGCCGUUCAGUGUUAUGAGAACAGUGUUGUAGCCUUCGACCACAUUAGGAGAAAUCUCAUAUCUAACGACGAAUGGAAGAUUACCCUUAAAAGUACGUAUGAUCAUGUUAAUUUGAGGCUGUGGGAGCUGCAGUUUAAGGAAGGUAAAGUCAUUGAGGCACUUUUAACUGCUGAUCAAGGACGUGCAAGAGCUUUAAAUGAUCUUCUGGAGUCCAAGUAUGGCCUUAAAGGGCUACGCCCAGAAAUAGGAACACCUUCUGCAAGACCAAGUGACUUUACUAUUUACUUACCAGCAAAUACAGUUUUCAUGGGUAUCAGUGAGGGAGGAAUAGUUCUCUGGGUGAACGAGAAAGGAAAUGAAAUCAAAACUAGAAGAACUGAGAUUGAUAGGUCCGUCACAACCUAUUUUCAGUCUCUAUUGGAGGCUACACAUAAAGAAAUAGGUGCAAGAGCUGAUGUUAAUUGUGAAGAUCGCUCAUUAAGAAACCCAAGCGAUAAAAAGCUACCGGAAGAAAGAUCCCCCAGGAAGCCAAGGUCUCACCCUUCAUAUUUUGAGUCAAAGUCAUUACAAACAUUGUACGAUGUUGUUAUAGACCCUAUAAGAGACUUACUCGACGGCGAUGAAAUUGUGAUUGUUCCACAAGGACCUCUGUGUUUGGCGCCCUAUGCUGCUUUUAUGGACAUGAAAUCAAAGUACCUCUGCGAAACUUUCAGAAUUCGUCUGCUCCCCUCGCUUUCUAGUCUUCGAUUAAUCCAAGACUGUCCAGCAGAUUGGCACAGCAAGACUGGCGCUCUUCUCGUCGGCGAUCCGUGGGUACAGGAGGUAACGACGCUAGAGCAGUUGGCGUGGGCCGAAAAAGAAGUGCAGAUGAUUGGGAAAAUUCUUCACACUGUACCUCUCGUUGGAAAGCAGGCAACAAAAGAUGAAGUUUUGAGACGUAUCUCCUCUGUUGCUUUGGUGCAUAUUGCUGCUCACGGUGAAAUGGAAACAGGAGAAAUUGCCUUGGCCCCAAACACAACGCGUUCAUCCGUGGAUCUAGCCGAGGACUAUCUCUUAACUAUGAAAGAUGUUUUAGAUGCGCAGAUAAGAGCAAGACUUGUUGUACUUAGUUGUUGUCAUAGUGCUCGGGGAGAAGUCAAAUCUGAGGGUGUGGUCGGCAUCGCACGGGCUUUUUUGGGUGCUGGUGCUCGUUCUGUUCUGGUGUCCCUGUGGGCGAUUGACGACGAGGCUACGAUGGAGUUCAUGGAAUUUUUCUACCGACAACUAGUCAAUGGAAGAAGUGCCAGUGAGGCUCUAAAUAAAGCCAUGAAAUCCAUGAGAGAAUCUGACCGGUUUAGUGCAGUGAAGUACUGGGCACCGUUUGUUCUCAUUGGUGACGACGUAACGCUCGAGUUUGAGGGCAUCAAAUAA